AUGUUCCAACGCGAAUUAUCGGACGACGAAGUGAUCGAAUAUUGUCUAUCUUGCGAUGAGAGUCAACUCCUCGGAGGAGGAAAGUAUGGCAACCGGAUUGUCAGAAUCUCCGAUACACAAGUGGUUAAGUUUGGUCGGGGUGUUUCAUACUAUGAAGCGGUCAAUCAACAGAGGGCACUGGAGAUUGUAGAUCCUCAGAUUGUGAAAAUCCCCCGAGUUCAAAGGUUUUUCAAUGACAGCGAUGGGUGGGGAUACAUGGUGAUGGAAUUCAUCAAGGGUGAAAUCCUCCAGUCACUCACUAAAUCCCACAUCGAGAAAGUGGCCAUUAUCCUUCAGCAUUUCAGCACCAUCACAAGCAACGUCGCAGGAAGUCUUAGUGGAGGACCCUCAACAGGCCUCCUCUGGCCGGAAACAAAUGAUCUGAUCAUUAACAGCGUAUCCGACAUCGAAGAUUGGUUCAAUAGUCGACUUUUUCCAGCUCAAGGCCUGGGUCAGGUCACUCUCCAACACUGCGAAUUGGUCCUCUGUCAUCUUGACAUUUCCCCUAGAAACAUCAUCUGGCAGGACGACGGUACUGUGUAUUUCUUGGACUGGGCCAGCGCCGGAUUCUAUCCUCGAUUACUUGAAUUUGUCAGCCAGUGGAUUGUCGAAGGCAAAGAUGGAGCUUUCCAUACUAUGCUGCUACAGGCCAUGGCUCCGCUGUCAGAGGUCGACAUGGAACAGAAGGCACCAAUCUGCCAGGCCUUAUAUAACAACCAGAAGUACUCAUUGACAUUAUCCACAUUGUUGACAAGGGACUGGGGUUAUUGGGUCCAAUCCCCGAUUUUUCUCUCGUAG